GCCACUGGAGGCGGGGUCAAGAUGGCGGUGCCUUUGAGGAUUCAGAGUGACUGGGCGCAAGCACUCAGGAAAGAUGAAGGGGAGGCCUGGCUGAGCUGUCAUCCCCCAGGGAAGCCAACUUUGUAUGGCAGCUUAACAUGUCAAGGAAUUGGCCUAGAUGGCAUUCCAGAGGUUACAGCUUCGGAAGACUUUAUUGUGAAUGAAAUAAACAAGAAAAGCAUUCAUAUUUCAUGUCUAAAGGAAAAUGCAUCUUCCAAGUUUUUGGCACCGUAUACCUCCUUUUCCAGAAUUCAUUCAAAGAGUAUACCAUGUCUGGACAUUUCCAGUGGAGGAGGCCUUGGCGUGUCUUCUAGCACUGAUGGGAGCAUGAAGAUCUGGCAGGCUUCCAAUGGAGAACUUAGAAGAGUACUGGAGGGACAUGUGUUUGAUGUGAACUGUUGCAGGUUUUUCCCAUCAGGCAUUGUGGUUCUAAGUGGGGGAAUGGAUGCCCAGUUGAAGAUCUGGUCAGCUGAAGAUGCUAACUGCGUGGUAACCUUCAAAGGUCACAAAGGAGGUGUUUUGGAUACAGCCAUUGUUGAUCGGGGAAGGAAUGUCAUAUCUGGUUCUCGGGAUGGAACUGCACGGCUCUGGGACUGUGGGCGCUCAGCCUGCCUGGGAGUCAUUGCAGACUGUGGCUCUUCCGUCAAUGGAGUGGCUGUGGGUGCUGCUGAUAACUCCAUCAACCUUGGCUCCCCCGAGCAGAUGCCAAGUGAACGAGAAGUUGGAACAGAGGCGAAAAUGCUGCUGGUGGCUCGGGAAGAUAAGAAACUUCAGUGCCUGGGACUACAGAGCAGGCAGCCGGUGUUCCUCUUUAUUGGCUCAGAUGCCUUCAACUGCUGUACUUUUCUUUCUGGCUUCUCUCUAUUGGCUGGGACACAGGAUGGAAAUAUUUAUCAGUUGGAUGUGAGGAACCCGAGGGCUCCGGUUCAAGUUAUCCACAGAUCAGGAGCACCAGUGCUUUCCCUGUUGCGUUUCAGAGACGGAUUCAUUGCUAGCCAAGGUGAUGGAAGCUGUUUCAUUGUCCAGCAAGAUUUAGACUAUGUCAUUGAGCUCACUGGGCCGGACUGUGACCCCGUGUAUAAGGUAGCCACAUGGGAGAAGCAGAUCUACACCUCCUGUCGAGAUGGUCUUGUGCGACGCUAUCAACUCUCUGAUCUCUGACCCCUUGGAAGGAGAAGUCCCCAGCUAGUGAAAAGAUUGAUCCUUAUCAACUGUGACUAGAAGCAACAUCAGUCCUGCCCGAUAUCAUGGCCCUUUAUUGAUUUGGGCACCCUUGGAAGUCACAACAAACUAAGCUAUACUGCCCGUGUGGAGCUGUCAUCUCAUGAUGAGACCUACUUUGAACUGAGUAAGAAGCUCACGGGUGCUCACUGCACUUGGCCCAACUUCUUGUGUAAACACACCCCGGCAACAGGGGGCAAAGUGCCUCCAGUUGGCUCUCACAGUUGUGUUUGAUGUUUAUAAGGGCCAGAUGGCUAAAACCUGUUUGCUGAGAAAUAAAGGAGGUAUGUUUGA